UGUUAGUACUGUUCAUUUGUAUCGGGACAUCAAACCCGGAGAACGCUACAUCUCGCCGCCACUCUCCGCCGAAAUAUGAGAGGUUGCCGGAGCCGGUCAAGGCUGUGUCGUGAAACGCCGACCUUCCGAGCACGUGAACCAUGUGGAGCUCGACCAUGUGCUUGCCGCCCAGGAUCUUCAAGAUCGUGGUUUUCCCCGCGCCGUUGGAUCCGAUGAGGAGGCAUUGGUCACCGGCGUUGAGGGUGAGAUUGAAGUCCUCGAUCAGCGGCUUAGAUCCCGGCAGCGGGUGGCUGUUAAUUCCUGGGUGGGUGAAUUUUAAGCCAUUGAUCUCGAUCGAUGGCUCGGAGUUUAGCUUCACACCCGUUGGCGAUGAAUUUUUAGGGAGAGGGAGAUGAGAUUAGGAGGGAGCAAGUGUGUGUGCCGACAUGAAAGAGUCGUUAAAGCUUUCGGCGAUGGACGAGUUUGGUUGUCGACUCAGUGGAGGAGGCGUGGAUAGUUCCCAGUCACAAACUCGGAACUCGGAAGCUACGAACUCGGUAGUUUGCCAUGUCAUCCACUGACAAGCAGAAACGUUGCUGCUACUCACACAGGCAAAUAAGGCGCCAACUAACUUGGAGGCUCCGGAUCCGGUCACGGGGUUCGGGUCGGACCCAACUUCUACGUCACGAGUCCUCUCUCCAAUACUCAUGAAUCUGGACUGAAGGUGUUUUUCUUGGAUUCCGAAAUAGUCCUUGGAAAUGGCAGCAAUUUACAGUCUCUACAUCAUCAACAAAUCAGGCGGCUUGAUCUACUACAAUGAUUACGGAUCGGCGGGAAGGAUGGACACGAACGAUACCUUGAGGGUUGCCAGCUUGUGGCACUCGAUGCACGCCAUUUCUCAGCAGCUGUCGCCGGUAUCGGGCUGUUUCGGAAUCGAACUCCUUCAAGCUGACACCUUCGAUCUUAAUUGCUUCCAAUCACUCACUGGGACAAAGUUCUUUGUUGUCUCUGAGCCUGGGACACAGCACAUGGAAGGUCUCUUGAAACACAUCUAUGAGUUGUACACGGAUUACGUCUUGAAGAAUCCCUUCUACGAGAUGGAGAUGCCUAUACGAUGCGAGCUCUGCGAUAUCAACUUAACACAGGCUGUACAGAAGGAUCGUGUCGCAUUGUUGGCCCGAUGAUCUGCCGGAGAAUUUGUAUGGUAUCUGUAGUUUACAAUCAAUAUCUUUAGUAUGGUUUGAGCUUACCUCGACUUUGGUGUUCAUAAACAAUCAGAUAUGGGCAUUGACUAA